AUGUUUAGUACAUGUGCAAAGCGUGCAGUAUGUGGAAUAAGCCGGUUUAAUACCGCUUUCUCUUCCACUGCCCCGAAGGCUUUUAUCGCUCAAUUUGGCACAAAAAAGAGAGUUGCUAUUGAUGGAAAUGAGGCUGCUGCUCAUGCUAUCUAUCAGGUCUCAGAUGCUGCGAUGCUUUUCCCCAUUACGCCAUCUUCUGGUAUGGGUGAGCAUUGUGAUGCUUGGGCGAACAAAGGAUUAAAGAAUGUCUUUGGACAGAAGGUGGUGAUCACUGAGAUGCAGUCCGAGGCCGGAGCCGCAGGUGCUCUCCAUGGCACUCUGACGGGAGGUUUGCUUGGCACAACCUUCUCAUCCUCGCAAGGUUUGAUGCUGAUGGUUCCUAGCAUGCACAAGAUCUCGGGUGAGCUGCUUCCUGGAGUUAUCCACGUCUCCAGCCGUUCGGUUUCCAAGAUGACAACUUGCCUGUACUGCGAUUACGGCGAUGUGUUCCAGACUCGCGCUACCGGAUUUGCGUAUCUUUCGUCGCACUCCGUUCAGGAAGCUCACGAUUUGGCCUUGGUUUCUCACCUCUCCGCCAUCAACAGCAGCAUCCCCUUCCUUCAUUUCUUCGAUGGUUUCCGCACCUCCCACGAAAUGUCUUCGAUCGAGCUGAUCUCCCCGGAGGACAUCAAGUCGAUCUUCCCCUUCGAGAAGGCUCUGGAGCACAAGAACCGCGGCGUGAACCCUGUUCACCCGUACUCCAUCGGUGUGGCCUACGGAGACGACGUGUGGAUGCAGACCCUGCAGACGCACCAGCCCUACUACGACGCUGUGCCGGACAAGGUGCAGGCGGCGAUGGACCAGGUGGCGAGCAUCACGGGUCGUCAGUACCAUCUGUUCGACUAUGUGGGCGCUCCCGAUGCCGAGAACGUGAUGGUGCUGAUGGGCGCCUCGGCGCAGACCGCGGAGGAGACGGUGGAGUAUCUGAACCAGCACGGCGAGAAGGUGGGCGUGAUGAAGGUGCAUCUGUGGCGCCCGUUCUCGCUGAAGCACUUCGCUGCUGCGCUGCCGAAGACGGUGAAGCAGAUCUGCGUGCUGGACAAGGUGCGCGAGGAGAAUGCGUACGGAGAGCCGCUGUACCUGGAUGUGAACUGCGCGGUGCGCGAUCUGGACCGCGACAUCAAGGUGAUCUGCGGUGAGUUCGGCGUUGCGGGCAAGGAGUUCACGCCGAACCUGGUGAAGGCGGUGUUCGACAACAUGAAGGCGGAGAAGCCCAAGACGCAUUUCACUCUGGGCGUGGUGGACGACGUGUGCCACACCUCGCUGCCCAUUCCCCCGCCGCUCAACACGCUCCCCGACUCCGUCACGCAGUGCAUUCUGUACGGACUGGGCUCCGACGGAACGGUGGGCGCCACGCAGGAGGCCGUGAAGCUGAUCGUGGAGAACACGCCGCUCUACGCGCAGGCCAACUUCGGCUUCGAUGCGCACAAGUCGGGCGGUCUGACGGUGACGGACGUGCGAUUCGGUCCGGAGCCGAUCAAGGCGGAGUACACGGUGCAGAGCGCGGACUACGUGGGCUGCCACACGACGGCGUACGUGCACAAGUACGACAUGCUGAAGCACAUCAAGGAGGGCGGAACCUUCGUGCUGAACGCGCCCUGGAAGACGGUGGAGGAGCUGGACGCCAAUCUGCCGCCCGCCAUCAAGCACCAGAUCGCGGAGAAGAAGGUGAAGCUGUACGUGAUCGACGCGACGUCGGUGGCGCAGAAGGUGGGACUGCGUCAGCGCAUCAACAUGGUGAUGCAGGCGGUGUUCUUCAAGCUGUCGAAGGUGCUGCCCGAGGACCAGGCCACCAAGCUGAUCGCCGACAACAUCCGCACCCGCUACGCGAAGAAGGGCGAGGAAGUGGUGAACAUGAACAUCACCGCCAUGGAGCAGGCCGGAAAGGAGCUGGUGGAGAUCGACUAUCCUUCCUCCUGGAUCGACUACAAGAUGGAGCCGCUGCGCACGUUCGGUCCGGAAGUGCCCGACUACUUCAAGAAUCUGUUCUACCCGACGACGCUGCUGGACGGCGAUCGCUUCCCCGUGUCUGCGUUCACUCCGGGCGGAAUCCACCCCACCGACACCUCCAAGUACGAGAAGCGAGGCUUCGCCGUGUCGGUGCCGGUGUGGAACAAGGACACCUGCACGCAGUGCAACCAGUGCUCGGUGAUGUGCCCGCACGCCGUGAUCCGUCCGUUCCUGAUGGACGCGGAGGAGACCAAGAAGGCGCCCGCCAGCUUCGUGUCGCUCCCCGCCGUGGGCGACGAGCUGAAGGGUCUGAACUUCCGCAUCCAGGCUUCGCCGCUGGACUGCACGGGCUGCGAGGUGUGCGUGAACGUGUGCCCCACGCAGUCGCUGAAUAUGGAGCCUCUGGGAAGCGUGAAGGACGUGGAGGGCAAGAACUGGGACUUCGCGAUGACGCUGACGAACAAGGGCGACCUGGUGGACAAGACCACGGUGAAGGGCUCGCAGUUCCAGCCUCCUCUGAUCCAGUUCAACGGAGCGUGCGCUGGCUGCGGUGAGACGCAGUACGUGAAGAUGCUGACGCAGCUGUUCGGCAGCAAGAUGAUCCUGGCCGACGCGAUGGGCUGCUCGAUGGUGUGGAGCGGAACGUCGGGUCUGAUUCCCUUCACGGUGGACAAGAACGGCUACGGCCCGGUGUGGUGCUCGUCGCUGUUCGAGGACCACGCGGAGUACGGCUUCGGCGUGAACAAGGCCAACCAGAUCAAGCGCGCGCGCCUGGAGAGCAACAUCCAGGCGGCGCUGGCGGAUGGCGGCGUGUCCGCGGAGCUGAAGGGCUGCAUGAAGAAGUGGCUGUCCAACAAGAACGACAAGGCCGUCUGCGACGAGCUGUUCGAGCAGAUGAAGCCGCUGCUGGCCGCCGAGCAGAGCAAGCCCGCGGUGAAGGCGGUGGCGGACUACCAGGACAUGCUGCCGGUGAUCACGACGUGGCUGUACGGAGGCGACGGCUGGGCGUACGAUAUCGGCUUUGUGGGUCUGGACCACGUGCUGGCUUCGGGCGAGAACGUGAAGAUUAUGAUUCUGGACACGGAGAUGUACGCCAACACGGGAGGCCAGCAGUCGAAGUCCACGCAGAUGUCCGCUGUGGCGAAGUUCGCCGCGGGCGGCAAGCGUCUGAUGAAGAAGGACAUGGGCAAGGUGGCGAUGAACUACAAGAACGUGUACGUGGCGUCGAUCGCCAUCGGUGCGGACGCGCGCCAGGCCAUCAAGGCGCUGACGGAAGCGAACAGCUACAACGGACCUGCGCUGAUCAUCGCGUACUCGCCCUGCCAGCAGCACGGAAUGCCCUCGCAGCUGGGAAUGAGCCACCAGGCGGACGAGCAGCGCAAGGCGGUGGAGUGCGGCUACUGGCCGCUGUACCGCUACGAUCCGCGCCGCGCGGAGAAGGGCGAGAACCCGUUCCAGCUGGAUUUCAAGAAGCUGAAGGGCAAGGUGGAUGACUUCCUGGAGGGAGAGAAUCGGUUCAGCAUUCUGACGAGACAGAACCCGGAGGCAGCCAAGGAGCUGCACAAACAGCUGCAGGAGGAGGUCGAGAAGAGACACGCGGAGCGCGUGCGCAUGGCGAUGUCGGACAAGCAGUUGUGGAAGGAGCUGAACAAGGUGUACGGAAAGAAGAAGUAAUAAUGUAAUAAUGUUGACAAC